AUGGCCGACAACAUGGGAGAAACCAAGAUGGAAACUCCGUCCAAACCGGAGAAUUCAGCUCGUGCCAGCAUUGCCAAAACACCACCCAACACUGUUGGCAAAGAAACUGCUAGAGCCCGCCGCCGACGAGAAGAAGCUGUUCGACGUUUGGUGGCCGAUGUUCAGGCCAGGCCGGACCGCAAGUUUGGCGGAACGGAAGCUCAACCAACCAAGGAAUCGCAAGAUUGGAUUGUGGCGAGUACUGUUGCAGCAGCUUUGGAGAGAGGAUUGGAUCGAGACUUGCACAGUGAGUUGGUCCAAGAAGCGAAAGAAAAUAGUGGAAGAAUUGGUCAGGUCUGUCAUGACCAUUCAGAUGUAUUUUUGGCAUCUGUUGGAAAAGUUGUGGCAUUGGGCGGACCUUCUGCGGAUCUUGCCAACAAAUUGACACAGGCACAAUCAGAAUUGGAAAACAAGACCGCAGGACCAAUGCGAGAUGGUGCAGUAUUGUGGGAAGACGCAACUGGAUCCCAUGCACGUGCCAAGGCACUUUACACUAUGGUGGGUGCUUGUCAGAAAGUUGCCAUGCAUGUGGAGCGAGCUCGUAAACAAGCAGCUUUGGGUAGACCUCGAGGAGCCCUAGAAGCGGUGGACGAAGCACGAAAUGCGCUCACGUCCCCCAUGUCGUCCCUCUUUGCCGGACCUCAAAUGGAGGAUGCGGCACAGAUUCUCCAAGAGGCAGCGAUGAGGAAGAAGACCAAGGAAGAACGUAAGGACGCGGAAACAAAGAGUAUUAUGAGUCUGGAAGAAACACCAUUUGGAAGACGAGCCAGUCUCUUGUUGCCAAAAAUUGAAAACGAAGUUCUUAUGGGAGCUCGUCGUGGUCUCAACAGAUGGUUCUUGGCAUUGCGUAGUGGUGGAGAUGGUGCCAAGGCUGGGCGUGCUGUUCUUCGAAGGUGCGCCAAUUCCAUGGCUGUAGGGCCAGGUAAUUUGGGACUUGGAGGGCACGUUCCACCAUCUUAUAUUUGGAGAGCAAAGGUCUCGGACAACUUGAUUGCGCGAUUAACUCAAAAUGGCCGCGUGGUCAGAGCUGUUCGUUUGGGAUAUUGGUUUGAACGCGAUGCAACCAAGGAGGCAGAACGAUUGGAGUCCAGAUCACCAGGAAUGGAGCGAAGGGCUGAAGCCUUUGCGUCUGCUUUUGGAUGGUACAGAUGUUGGGACGAAAGUGUCACCCUCUUAGUGGAUCCUAGUGAUUAUGCUGCCAUCGCUGAAAGCAACAAGGGAAUGUCCGGAAGUGCACACGGCGGAUCGAGACACGGAAUGGGGGGCAGCCGACAUGGUCGAUCAUCGCUGGGGUUCCGUGCCAAAACGGCAAGAACCAAUCAGGGAUUGACUACUACCUCGACAGCCAAGAAAACUACCAAUGACGAAAGAAGCAACUGGGCAGCUCUGUUGACUCCAGAAGUUCUGUUUGAAAACAGUCCAACCAGAACUGACGAUGAUAACAAAUUUAUGGCACUAGCAGAGUCUGUACACCCUGUUCGACGAGCAGAAAUUGCUUUCAAACUACUGGGCAGAGCUGAAGAGUUUGUUCAAUAUUACGAACAGAACAGGUUCGGUGAUGUCCAAAUUGGUUCCUCUGGUGAUACGAAGGACGGCAAGAACGAAUCUCGAAGUUCUCUGUCAUCCCUCACUGGAGAUGAUGUUAGUGUCGGUACUGACAGAAUCUUUUUUGCAAAAAGUUUGCCACAUCUGUGUGCCAGUGUUGUUGGAUUCAGUGCUGUGGAAGCUGCACUCGAGCUGGGACACUUUGUCGAUGAAGACGAAGAGGAGAAAACAAAGGGUGUUGACCCCGGCGCUGCCAAAGCAGCCGUUGCCACUCGCUUUCGAGAAUCUUCGGAACGCUAUGAACGAUCUCUGGUUACAGAACUUGGAAACUGCCUCCGAACCCGUGCUGUCGGUGCGAACUUGCCGGAGUUGGUGCGGGCGUCUUGUCUCAUGGCAGCUUUCCGAUCAGCUCUCAAGAUUACUCACCCUAGUUCUACAACCAGAAGGUUUGACAAAGAAUUGCUUGCUAUGGACGUUGAUAUCUUAAUGACUGCGUUGAAGGUUGCACAAGACGAGCAAUUAAAGGCUACGAUAGCACUCGUCACGGAAGACAACAAGGAACCAAUUCCGGCAACUUCCAAGUCUCCAACCAGUAGCGAUAGAAACGUUCCAACGCCAGAAGAGAUGGGGCUGCCAUUUGGAUUGUGCGAUCUAAAGCAGCAAAGCAAGGAUGGUAAAGCACGUGGCGCGGGAUCUUCGGGAGGUGAAAAACACUCAUUUUCCAACUCCGUCCCCCUUGUUCUCAGGUCCAUACAUGCCAGAGCCAUCGCUUGUGCGGCAUUUGCACUGAGCCAAGAAGAGUUGGGUCAGACGUUUUUGCAAAAGAAAGGUAGCCGAGCAGCAUGCUAUGUUCUUGACUGUGCUGAAUACUUUGUCAAUGUAGCUGCGGUGGGAAUGAAGGAUGCAAGCAAUAAGGGAGAAGAGGUGACUGUGGAAAAGGCGGUCCAGGUUAUGGCCAAUAUCACAGCUUUGCAAUCGAGUCUCCCACGACUCUUUGGUACAUUGAUGCGAGGACUUUGUCACGUCGGAAUGAUUCGAUCAGAUCAACUUGCAGAAACGUUUCAGUACGCAGAGAUCACACUGAAGAACGCAGAUAAACAGUGUGACAACCAAGUGGGAGGAAUGUACAGCACAAUCUACGAGAUUUGCAGAAGCAAAAUUGACGCUCAUCUCAACUAUGCACUGGAUGGAUUCAACUGGGUCGCCAAGAGCGUGCGAAAUGUACCAAACCCGUAUUGUGAGGGUUUGAUUGGUUAUAUGAAGAGCCUAUUCGAUGCACUUGGACCAAUGGAUGAAGGCUCGCGAGCAGGUCUGCACUUCUCGUGCUGUGGUCAUGUUUCGGAGCGUCUCGUGAAAAUUCUAUCUGAGCGUCCUGUUGAGGGCAGCCUAGCAAUGGAUGGAGGGCUUCCGCCAAUAUCAAGAAUUGACGGAUUCGGAUUGAAGAACCUUUCCCGCGACGUCCAGGAGUUUCGCAUGUUUGCAGAGAGCACUGGUGUUCCCCAGCUUGUGGAUUGUUUCGACGAAUUGAAAUCUAUCACUGAUGCCAUGCUCGACAAAGAUCUUCCAAUCCUUUUGCAACCAGAAAACUCAAGUCACCGAAAGAAAAAGUAUCCGUACUUGAGCCUAGAGAAGGUUGGCAACAUUUUGGAGAAGUACCAGGGCUCAGGAGGGUUGAAUUUGAUGGGUGGUGGAAAAGCUCCGGAAGGCAUGCUUGUUUUGGACAAGAAGGAAGUUCAGAACUUGCUCCGAUUGGUACGAUCCCACGGAAUGUAA